GCCCCGCACCCACGCAGCCAUGUUACCCUCAGGUUUCCCGUUGGGAACCACAGAGGCCAGAGGCCAGCAGCAGCCUGGACAGCUUCCAAGAGCACCGCGGACUUCCUGAGCCGCGGAAGGAGAGAGGUGCGUUGCGCUCACGGCUUUGAAGACUGCGGGUCGGAACAACACAGGCAGUGCUCCCAAGGGCUUCAGAACUCACAGCAGUGCACAGAAUCCAGAGCACGGGGGCAGGAGACCAGCGCGGGAGCAAGAAGCCGAGAGAGCUGGGCCGGCACUGGCCUGUCACUCCCUGGCUCUCCAAGGAGCUUCUGCAGGUCUGGGGUGUCUAGUAAGAGGCCUUCUGUCAGGUCCCUGCCACCUCCCGCCCUGGGUAGGCCUGUGAAGAGGUGGGGCAAGGACCUCUGGCCGCCCAUGAACCUGGCCGCCCUGGCCACUCCCUGUACCCUGUGGCAGCGUUAUCAACACAGCAGUUGGCUCCCAGCAGAGAUCAAAGGCCACUCUGGGCUCCCUUACUAAGGGAACAGCCUGCACCUGGGGAGCACAGAGGGUGUGCUUAGAGUGUCCUGCCUGGUCCCUGGUGCCUGGGGACCGGGACGGGACAGGUGUAGCCAGAGGAGCCAGUGAUCAACAGGACAGCCAUGGGGCUCCUGACUGGAGACGACCUAGUGUCCCUGGCCGUGGCCAUGGCCAUCUUCCUGCUCCUGGUGGACCUGAUGCACCGGCGCCAGCGCUGGGCUCCACACUACCCACCGGGCCCCAUGGCACUGCCUGGCCUGGGCAACCUGCUGCAGGUGGACUUCCGGGACCCACGGAGGAGCUACCACCAGCUGCGGCGCCGCUACGGGGACGUGUUCAGCCUGCAGCUGGCCUGGACGCCGGUGGUCGUGCUCAACGGGCUGGCGGCCGUGCGCGAGGCGCUGGUGACUUGCGGCGAGGACACCGCGGACCGCCCACACGUGGCGACCUUGGAGCACCUUGGCUUCGGGCCGGGCUCCCAAGGGGUGAUCAUGGCGCCCUAUGGACAGGCCUGGCGGGAGCAGCGCCGCUUCUCCAUGUCCAUGCUGCGCACCUUCGGCCUGGGCAAGAAGUCGCUGGAGCACAGGGUGACCGAGGAGGCCGCCUGCCUCUGUGCUGCCUUCGCCGACCAUGCCGGAUGCCCCUUUAGCCCCAGUGUGCUGCUGAACAAAGCCGUGGGCAAUGUGAUCACCUCGCUCACCUUUGGGCGCCGCUUCGAGUACGACGACCCGCGCUUCCUCAGGCUGCUGCACCUGACCGAGACCGUGCUGGAGGCGGAUUCUGGCACAGUGCCCUCGGUGCUGAACGUGGUCCCCGUGCUCCUGCGCAUCCCGGGCUUGGUGGACAAGGUCUUCUCUGGGCACAAGGCCUUUGGGGACAUGCUGCUUGAGAUUGUGACCGAGCACAGGAUGACACGGGACCCAGCCCAGCCACCCCGAGACAUGACAGACGCCUACCUGGCAGAGGUGGAGAAGGCCAAGGGGAACCCUGACAGCAGCUUCAAUGAUCAGAACCUCUACUCGGUGAUUGGUGAACUGUUUGUCGCGGGGAUGGUGUCCACGUCGGCCACGCUGGUCUGGGCCCUCCUGCUCAUGAUCCUGCACCCGGAAGUGCAGCGCCGUGUCCAGCAGGAGAUCGAUGAGGUCAUAGGACCGGUGCGGCAACCAGAGAUGGGGGACCAGGCGAACAUGCCCUACACCACCGCCGUGGUUCACGAGGUGCAGCGUUUCGCAGCCAUCGGCCCACUAGGCACACCGCACAUGACAUCACAGGACACGAAAGUGCAGGGCUUCCUUAUCCCCAAGGGGACAGUGCUGUUCACCAACCUGUCAUCGGUGCUGAAGGACGAGGCCGUCUGGGAGAAGCCCUUCCGCUUCCACCCGGGACACUUCCUGGACGCCCAGGGCCGCUUCGUGAAGCAGGAGGCCUUCAUGCCUUUCUCCGCAGGCCGUCGCGCGUGCCUCGGGGAGCCCCUGGCCCGCAUGGAGCUCUUCCUCUUCUUCACCUGCCUGCUGCAGCGCUUCAGCUUCUCGGUGCCCGCGGGACAGCCCCGGCCCAGCGACCACGGCAUCUUUGGUACCCUGGUGACCCCGGCCCCCUACCAGCUGUGUGCUGUGCCCCGCUAGUGGGGGCACCGAGUCCCUGCUCACCCCCAGCAGUGCCCUGAUGCACAAUAGAGCAGUCUCCUGUCUCCCCUGUGGUUUCUGCGUCCACCCUUGGCCCCUGGUGAGCCCCUGCCUGUCAUGGGUCCUCAGCCACCUGCCUGAGGCUGCCCCCACCCUUGCCUCCUCCGUCUUCCCUGAGCACUGACUGCAUCUGAGAGCUGGGACCCCGAUGCUUAGCCAACUGCAUCCCCCCAUGAGACUCACCCCCGGACAGGUGUUGGUGACAGAGGUCGUGCAGCAGUCUUGGCUCUGGGUCUGGGGAGCAGGAGGAGUGUGUCUGGGCGUCUGGGGCAUCAGCUCUCGCCAAGGCUGGAGAGUGUUGGGGUCCCCAGACCUCCCUCAGGCUCUGUGAUUGGCUAGAAGCCCUCCCAGAAGUAGGAGCGCUGUUGUCCUCACUGUUGUGGUUUAGUACAACCACAGGACCCUGAUGGAAGUCAGCAGUGGGAACAGGUGUACAGGGCCAGAUCCACCAAGACCACCCCCGAGCUUCCAGGCGGUCUUGCCCAGUACCCUCAGUGAGACAGGUCUCGGUGCUCCCAGCACUGAUGUGUGGUAGGUUGUGGAGGGUGGGGGCCAGGCAGCUCCCUGGGCAGCUCUCCAGGGCAUGGAGUCCCACAUGGGUGAUGUCAAUCACCAGGUCUCAGCUCCCACCAACCUCAGAUGCAACAGCCCAGUGUCCCGCCCUUGGUCACAUCGUCAGCAUCAACUGUGGUGAGGUCCAGGUCACAGGCAGGAGAAGGCCCUGUGGUCAGGAAGGGCAGCCCAAGGCUGCAGGGGUGUUUCCCAGCGUCCCGUGCAUUGUCAGUGUGUCAGUGUGGAACGUGGGGUUGGACUCCUCCACCCUGCACAGCCCUACUCUGCACUUCCAACAAGGUGGUGUGUGUCUUGGUGUACCUGUGUCCUUGUUGGUGCGGCGCUGGACGCUCUCAGCCGUUUCCAGCUGUGCCGUGCGUGCUGGGUGGGCACACUGCUCGUGGGCAGCUGUCAUCACAGAACUCUCUUCAUCAGCAAACCUGACCUCUCACUGUCACACUGUAACUCACCACUCCUCCUCCCCUGCCCCUGGCAGCCUCCGUGGGGGUCCUGGUCUGUGAACCUGGCCACUAGAGGGCAGUCGUGCACAGGGACCCUCACUCCAGGGGACUCUGAUGCAUUUCCUGAGGCCUCCUGUCCUUAGGACACGUCCAUGUCAUAGCAGCUGUCAGUAUCUGUCAUGACGAAAGGGAUUACUUAUUUGAAAGGUAGUUUGACCAGGAGAAGGAGAGACAGAGACAGAGGGAGGUAUUCCACCUGCUGGUCCUUUCCCCAGUGGCUGCAGUGGCCUGUGCUAGGCCAGACCAAAGCCAGGAGCCUGGAACUCCAUCAGGGUCUCCCACGUGGGUACAGGGGCCCAAGCACUUGGGACGUCUUCCGCUGCUUUCCCUGCGCAUUAGCUGGAAGCUGGAUCAGAAGUGGAGCAGCCAGGACCGGAACCAGCGCUGCCAUGGCCACGAGCGCUGCAGGCCAAAGCUUCCCUUGCUUGGCCGCAGCCCGGGGCUUGAGCUGAGAGCGAUUCUGGGGCUGCAGGAAGGAAUCCACUCAUCACGGUGCAGGCACAGAGGCCAGAGGCCAGUGGUGGCCUGGACAGUUCCAUCAGCACCACGGACUUCCCGAGCGGCGGAAGGAGAGAGGUGUGUUUCGCUCACAGCUCUGAAGACUGCGGGUCGGAACAACACAGGCAGCACUUUGCAGAAAUGUAGCUCAGAGAUGCUAAACUUGGCCUGCAGCAUGCCAAAUGGGGCCUCCCAGCCACCAGGAAUACAAAGAACGGGACAAAGCCUGUUUGGAGGCCUAGAGACAGACUUUGCUACACUACUACCCAGCAGAGGCUAAGGAUACCUGUUGUUACUGUUUGUACUACUCAGGCAGGGUGGGGUCUUUCCACACCGGAACAGAGAAAGCCAGAGAAGGCACCAGGGUUUUGCUGCCUGAGAUUUCACCCAGGUGUGGGACGCCCACCUCUGCUGGAAGACGAAGGCUGGACUAGAGAUCAGAAAACCAAAGGUGGUAACAGGUCACAAGUACAAAAGCGUGUUCUUGGUCAAAAAGAGUUAAAACAUUUUUAAAUAAAAAAGGACAAGGUUUAUAAAGAUUGUUUUAUCUUAAUGGCUAGUUUAUACUAAAAUAAUAGAAAAAAAUGUUUGGGUAAGUUACAAAAGGUGUAAAAAAAGUCACAGAACAUUAUGAAAAAAAGAAAUUUUUGGUUUCAAAACUAUUAUUCUUUUUCUUUGACAUAAAAUUAAAAUCUGAUCCUCUGUUCAAACAAUGAGUUAAAGUAAUCUAUUAUGUUCUCUUGAUGUCUCUGUUAAAUUCUAAUUCUUUAAAAAUAGCUGAGUUUUUUUUAUUAAGAGCUACAGGUUAUUUAAAUAUGUACUUAUGUUCGAGAUUUAAAUAAUCACCUUGUAACAAUGAUCAAAUUUGGUCUAUAUUAUGUCAUCAUUUAAGAAUAUUAUUUCACCAGAUAUUUUGGAUUUUGAGGCUUCUUUGCAUCCUUGACAGUCAUUCAAAAAAAAAUCAAAAUUUCAAAUAUUUAAAAUUUGACAAUUUACAGAUUGGUCCCUGAAAAUUGUGAAAGACACAUGUCUCUCAUCUUGUAGAGACACCAACUAAUCAGGAUAUUUAGAUUAUUUAGAAGCACUGUCAAGGUGUAAAGUGCUGCUAACUUUUAAGUUUUAAUAAUAUAAAAAACUACAAAUGUCUAAAAGUUAAAAAGCCUAAUGAUCUUAUAUUACUACACAUGAUGGUUAUCUUAAAAAUAAAGCCCUAAAGGCAUAAAAGAGUUAAAUACUUUGUAAAAUCCUACAGGUUCUUUUAAAAAUACUGCAAAGCAAACAAGUGCCUCUUGUUAGUUAAUGAGUUUGUAAUUUAAAACAUGACAACUUAAAUUUUUUUUUUGACAGGCAGAAUGAGAGAGAGACAGACAGAGACAGAGAGUUAUAGAGAGUGAGAGAGAGACAGAGAGAAAGGGCUUCCUUCCGUUGGUUCACUCCCCAAAUGGCCGCCACAGCCAGCGCUGCGCUGAUCCAAAGCCAGGAACCAGGUGCUUCCUCCUGGUCUCCCUUGCGGAUGCAGGGCCCAAGCACUUGGGCCAUCCUCCACUGCCUUCCUGGGCCACAGCAGAGAGCUGGACUGGAAGAGGAGCAACCUGGAAUAGUACCCGGUGCCCCAACUGGGACUAGAACUGCAGUGCCGGUGCCACAGGCAGAGGAUUAGCCAAGUGACCACUGCACCAACCCAACUUAAAGUCUUUUGUCAUCCACAGUUUUGUAUAAGUUCCAAUGGACUUUUCCCAACAACCUCUAUUGUAUUAAUUGGGAUGGCUCUGUAAACAGAUAAAGGCAAUAAUGUAUUACAGGUACCAACUAAAACAAAAAAGUAUGGUUAACUGAGGUUACCAAGAGCAAAAAAUAAUUUAAAUCUAUUGGUAAUUUACAAGAAGGAGUUAGAAAUUUUAAAAGGCUAUUACUGAAACUGCUUUAUUGUUCCAUCUUGUAUGUUAUGUUAUAUGUGUAUAUACAUUGUAUGUCUACAUGGAAAAUAUUAACAGCUUUAUUUUAAUUGACUUAUGGAUAAAAGAUUGUUCAUAAAUUUAAAUGGCCAAAAUUAAUCAAAGAUACAUUUUAAUUCAUCUGACCUAAAUCUCUGUAUCAGAUGUUUUAAAUCUGUUGGCAAAAAGAAACUAAAAUUGUUUUUA